AUGACGACCCAGAUGCCGAGUCAGGCUGACCUGGCGAAAACGCCGGGGAUGCUGCCCCCAGGCGAUCAGAUACCAGAUUUUGAUGCGCCCUACAACUCACUACAAAUGGGAACAGUCAUUUCCUUUGCGGUGACCUACUUCUUUGUGACGGUCUUUCUUGGCCUCCGAUAUUUUCAGUCUUUCAAGCUGAUACAAAAAAUUGAGAUUGAUCUGGUCAUUAUUACGAUAUCAUAUGGAGUCGCGAUGACCUAUUUUAUUACCAUGGUUCACUUGAUGGACUAUGGCUGGGGGAAGCACCUCUGGGAUGGCCUCCUCGCCAACACCCUCUCCUAUCUCAUCACGCCUUCCGUCACGAAAAUCGCAAUCCUCGCAAUCCUCUUCCGCAUCAACCCCUUGAUUCCCUAUCGCUGCGCCGUCGUCGCCAUCGCCGUCGCCAUCUUCACAUACACACUGGUUCUUUGCAUCGUGGCCGGCGGACCAUGCAACCCGCUAAAGGAGGGGACUUUGCAAUGCCUUCAGAAUGUUGCCCUGUCACACGCCGUGCUCAACAUCGCGAGUGAUUUUGCUGUCGUAGCGGUACCAAUUCCGACCAUUCAUGGUCUGAAUCUAUCGUUCAAACAGAAGCUUUCGGUUGGAUCUAUUCUCGCGGCCGGAUCCUUCGUUGUCAUUUGCUCCAUUGCCCGACUACCUUACGUCCUCGUCCUCAGUAAAACUCAGGACGCCACCUACACCCAAGCAAUCCUUGGUAUCUGGUCAAUCGUCGAGAUCAACCUCGGCAUCAUCUGUGCUUGUGCGAUGCGUCUCAAGCGACUUGUCACGACGUAUCUGCCCUCAUUUGCCGUCUUCUUCUCACGGUCCAGGGGUGGCAGUCAGUCAUGGAAGAGCGGUGCGCUCAGGAUAGACAACAGCGAUGGAACUCGGUCGCAUCAGCUUCAUAGUAUGAAGAGAGCGAACACUGGCGAGGGUGGGAAUGGCGGCGUGCAGGUAUUCAAAACUUACGAAAUUGAUGUGGAACGGAGUAGAGGGAGUAACAAGAGCACAGAACAGAUAAUACCUUAG